ACACAAGGGUUAAAGGCUAGAAAAAAUAAGUACAAUACCAGUGAAAAGGGCUGUCCUGCUUUUAAAAUGGUGUUUUUGGUAGUUUUGUUUUAAAUGUGUUUAAAACAAUUCUGAGAAAUGUCAGUAUUGGUUUUAUCACCUGCUGGUUCUUGCACUUGCUGGGUAAUGCUAAUAUUCAUGAUAACAAAAAUGAAUAUGCAUGAUAUUUGGCAAUUCUUUUUUGGGAAAAUACAACUGGGUGUAGAGGUUAUCUUAUUGAUUCAGCUUACAACAAAGCGACCUACCACUCUCUCCUUCUCUGUCUGUCUCUUUUGUUGUGGUUGCUGCCGAUGGUUUGGCCCACAAAGCCAGUCAUUGCUGGCCACGCUGCCAUAGCAACCAGGAAAUACUUACGGCCAUCAGUGGAGUAGUGUGUGUGUGUGUGUGUUAGGGGGAUAGAGAGAGCAGAACGUGGUGAGUGGGAGUCCAGCGGACCACAACAACACAAGGGACUGCUUUUCACCUUUGACUUCAAUUUUUAAUCUUCCACCAGGCUUUAACAAGCGGCUCCGAUGGCUGCCAGCACCGCAGCCACAACUCUCCUGCCUCCAGUGAAGAACGUGGUGGUGUAUAAGAAUGGAGACCCCUUCUACAGUGGACGGAGGUUCGUGGUCAACCAGCGACAGGUGGCCACCAUGGAGGCCUUUCUGACUGAAGUGACCCAGAGCAUCGGUGCUCCGCUUGCCGUCAGGACUCUGUACACCCCCAGACAGGGCCACAGGGUCACAGACCUCCAGGAUCUUCAGACAGGAGCCCAGUAUGUUGCUGCUGGCUUUGAAAGGUUCAAGAAACUGAAUUACCUGAACGAAAGAAUGAAAAAGCAGCCUGCUGCCCGUGAAGAAACCCAGGCCAAAGUAACCCAGAGGCCAAACGUUUCAGCCAAAUGGAGGAAGUUUAUACCUGUACCUUGCAUUAUACACGUUUUUCGUAAUGGAGAUCUCCUGUGUCCACCAUUCCGAUUCAUCCUUCCUCGGAGCAUGCGGCAGGACCUGGAGCAGAUCCUGAGUCUGGUCACAGAGAAGGUCAGCUUACGAACCGGAGCCGUGCGCAGGUUGUGCUCUUUGGAAGGAGCCACUGUGUCCUCAGCUAUGGAGCUGGAGACCGGCCACUGCUAUGUUGCCGUAGGAACCGAGAGGUUCAAGAAACUUCCAUAUGUGGAGCUGUUGGUUUCAAAAGCUACCGAGAGAUAUUACCCAGGAAAGAGAAGGCCGUUAAGGAGAAAUGAGAACAGGAAAGCAGGCAGCGGUCCAGAAGACCAGUACAGUGACUCAGCCCUCCUCAACUCCCCAGAGUCAGAUGGUCGGAGGGUGAAGUCGACAGGAGAUGAAGCUGCAGCUCCACCAGCCGCACAGCAGAGGAGCAGGAGAGAGGGAGCAGAUGGGACCUCUGUGUUCUUCGCCAGGCCGGUCAAGAUCCGCAACAACAGAGGACAGCCAAGACCGCUGCUAAGCAACGGAUCUGUCCAGCCCAGUGUGUUCAAAAGAGCAGCACGGAAGAGAAGAGAGGAGGUACGAGGGGCCGAGGAUGUGCACGAGGAUGAAAACACAGCGACAGAGCUUCCCGUUGACCAGAGAGUUGCAGAAAUAGUGGAGGAUGAAGAACUAAGCAACCAAAAUAGUCCUCUGCACAACACACAGAGACAUGCACAAAUUAUAGAAAGUGAGCAGCACAAUAGGAUGGAACACCCACACAAACACAAUGACAAGCAGGAUCUGUCAUUUGAACAAGAUGGUGUCAAACAGACAGAAAAUCCUGUUCGAACUGAGGAGUCUGCUGCUAAAAUACUGGAGCCUGAGCUGAAGCGGACAUCUUUAGAGUCAAGGCCUUCAUCGUCCACCUCUCAGGGAAAGAACAAGAAAGAAAAGGAGAGCCAACAGGAUGCCCCGUCAAUAACAGUAGAACAGAACCAUCAUCAGCAGGACUGGUGAAUGACGAACGUAGAAGCUUCUUCACAUCAUCGUCAUCAUCAUCAUCACGUCACAUCAUAACAGCAGAUGACCCAGCCACUGCUUCUGCAAUGACCUAAUGCAGCUAAAUGAACGUUUGAUUAAAUUGGUCGUACUUUAACUGUGGUGAUGAGCCAAGCAACAUCAAUUCAUGCUGUUUUCUUUUAGAAAAACAUAAGUGUCAAAAUUGUGAUCAUGCUCAGACAAAAUAAGAACGAACAAACUAUCAUAAGCUCUACAAUAUAGGCAGACAAAACAAAUCUUUUCUGACAUUAUAAGCUUCCCAAAGUUAGCGUUUGUUGUAUUGUACAGCUGUUCAUGAUCAGGUGCCCCAACCUGUUUUACAGGAAUAAUACUUAUGCAGAUAUUGUGUGGAUGCAAUUUAUUCCAUAUACAGUAUGUACAUAAGAAACUAUUUUGGGACGUUUUAAGCCUAAAUGUAUUUUUGUUUUGCAAAAAUCAGUGAUCAGAGAUCAUGACACGAAGAGUCGUGUUUUGUCAACAAUUUAUUAAUAAAAUAUCAGCCACACAAGUUGGAUAGAUGCAACAAUAACAAAGUCAUUUGCACAGUGUUUUGUGUCAAUUAAAUACUGUGGCAAUAAAAAUAUACAUCACUA